GCCUUCUUUAUUUGUCGUCUGCAUUUUUUAAGGAAGAUGUCAAAGAUCAUAUGCUAAAGAAUUUAAGAUGUUCAAUGCUGCAACCAAACUACUGGAAGUUAACGCACUCAUUAAAGAGAAAGAACUACGGAAAGCUAAUGAAAAAAAAAAAAGGGAUCAAAGACAUGCUCAAAAUCCGAAAGAUGAAAGAAACCCAAUACCAGAGACAGCGCACAAAUCUCCUGAGAAAGUGCACAAAUCUCCUGACAAAGAGCAAAAAUCUCCUUUGAAGGAGCUCAAAUCUUUUGAGAAGGAGACCCACUUGGGUCAUACUUUUAAACAGUUAAUGACCUCUCUCGAUGCCAAUACAAAAAUAUUGGCACAAACCGUUAAUUUUUUACGACAGGCACAACAUCCAGUCAACGAAGGAACUGAUCGACCUGUAUCAAAAAUUCAGACUCACCAUUUAUCUGAGGACGAUCAUAGAAAAGACAAAAGGAAAGAGAAGAUGGUGGUUGAACUCCGAUUGACAUUUAUGAAGAUCACCGACAUAGAUACAGUUACUCAGCAGUUUGAAGCUGAAAUUCUGGUCAGAGCAAAAUGGAUGGAACCAUUACUCAGUGGCAAAUUUGAUAUUGCCUUUGAUCCACAAAUAAUGUGGUGUCCUAAUUUGUUAGUGCUGAAUCUGGAUGGUGGCUUUAUUAUUGAUAAGCACUGUUACAAAGUGGUCCAUAAUGCACCUGGAUAUAGAGCCCCAUUGGUUGUCUGGUUGUGGAGAUUCAAAGGAUUCUUCAAGGAAAACUUAGAACUGGCACAUUUCCCAAUAGACGUACAGGACCUAACCAUAUCACUAACGACAGAACGAUCAGACGAGGAGGUUGACUUGAUUGAAGACAAUAGUUCUCUAAGUGGAGUAAAUACUGGUACUUUUAUGGAUGCACAAGAAUGGGACAUAUAUACACAUGUUGAGACGUACGAGGGCAAAACAACUUUGGAAUAUGCGAGUGAUGAGACGCAUCCUAUCUUUUAUGUCCAGUGUAGAGUUAAGAGAAAAGUUGGUUAUUUCUUGUGGAAUAUUGUGUUUAUUGUGUCAUUGAUCACGGUGUUAACCUUUACUACAUUUUCCAUUGAACCUUCCUCUGCAGAUCGUCUUGGUGUGACUAUAACACUACUCCUGACUUCUGUUACAUUCAAACUGAUAGUAAAGCAGAGUUUACCAACAAUUUCUUACUUAACUUAUUUGGAUUUGUAUGUUAUAGCAGCUUUAGUAUUCCUGGGACUGACUUCUGCACAACAUGCUAUUAUCAGAUAUAUGUUUAACAUCUACACAAAGGAUCAGAUAACCAAAUAUGACAACUAUUCAAUUAUUACUCUGCUAUGCAUUUUUUUGGCUUUUCAUGUGAUUUUUGGGGUUUACAUGAGACAAACGGCAAUCAAGAGACGUACAAUUAUGGUGGAAAAGGACAAAUUAUACAAGGCUAAGAGAAAGUUUAUUGACCAUUUUGGAGAGAAUGCAAGGACAGAAAGAGUAAUUGAAAUGUCAAUGUCAAAGACCAGAGGAGGCACUAGAAUAUAAACUACAGAAUCAGUACUGGACUAUCAAAUGUUAUCUUUAUCAUUAGCUCACUAGUACAACAUUGCCAUUAUAACAUUUCAAUCUCAUCAUGAAGUCAAUUUGAAUAUGUUUAUUGGAUGUAUUGUAGA